GCAUCUGGAUGCUGAAUCAUCAGCCGGCUCGUCACACGGGGGCAUCCAGCAGGGAUGCCGGUUCCUGCUUAUCGGCCUUAUUCUAACCAAAACACAGCGCUACUGUUUGCACAGUAGAUCAGUAGUAGACAAAAAUAAAGAUGUCGAUCAAGUUCUACAUGACCACCGUAUCCACGAACCGAGAUAUAUACAUCAAACAGAACCGAAUCAAGCUAAUCCUGGACGGUAAGAAGAUCCCCUAUGAAGAGAUAGACCUGAGUAAGAACCAGGAGGUGAGGGAGGAGAUGAGGGCCAUGGCGGGGAUACCCGACCUCCUACCCCCACAGAUAUUCAACGGAAACACGUACUGCGGGGAUUUCCAAGCUUUUGACGACGCCAACGAAGAUGGCCGACUGCUGGAGUUUCUACAUUUAAAGUGAAAAAUUGUGAUUAAUAUAUAUAUUAGGGAAGAAUGCUGCGAGAUGUAUCAAAUGAAUGAAUGAGAGACUGAACUCAAUAUUUAAUCAAAAAACCGCUUUAUUAGCCAAAAUGAUUUUUAAUCAUAACACAGCAUUUUAUUAAUACUUCCAUCAGGAUAUUAAUACAUUGUAUGGAUUGUAUUGUUAUGUCAAUGUUGUUUUAAAAAUUUUACAUAAAAAAAGCCAACGUA